AUGACCACUCCAUCAAAAUCGAAUGGUACUCCAUCAAAACAACGUCGUACUCCAGCUAAACAAACGCCGGGUUCAACACAGCGAACACCUGCUAAACAUCGACAUCCAUUAACAGCUUUACAAGAAGAUGAACCAAUUACUAGUCCAACACCAAGUUCUAUUCUACAAAUGCCUUUUACACCUGGUCGAACUCCAAAUAAAAAUCGAGGCAUGGCAUUUUCACCAAUGACAUAUACAACAUCUCCUGCACAAAGUAAUAUAGGUGCUAAUGGUCGUACACCAAUGUCAACACCUUCACGAACUAGAUCCGAUCUUGGUAGUGCACGAAAAUUACGUUUAGUUAAUGAACAAGAUGAAUUAGAAGGUGAUAUUGAUGUUAAUACAGCUGAUAAUCAAGUCGUUAUUUGGGGUACAGAUGUGCAUGUUAAUGAAUGUAAACGUCGAUUUAUAACAUUUUUAAAAAAAUUUCAUUUAAAUAUUGAAGAAGCUAAUCUUGAAGGUGUUGAUCCAACAAAACCAUUUUAUAUGCAAAAAUUAGAAGAAAUUCAUUUACUUGAACGUCCAUUUCUUAAUGUUGAUUGUGCACAUUUUAAACAAAUUGAUAAAACAAUGUUAAAUCAAUUAAUUGCAUAUCCACAAGAAGUUAUACCAAUAUUUGAUAUAGCUGUUAAUGAAUUAUUUUUUACAAUUUAUGAAAAUGAUACACUCCCACAUCAAAUUCAAGUACGACCAUAUAAUGUUGAUAUGUUUAAAAAUAUGCGUUGUCUUGAUCCUGAAGGUUUGCAAUUAAUGAAAAA